AAGGCGGAUACGCAACACGUCUUGAAAGUUUUUGUUUUUUUGGAAUGACAGAAGUGAGUUUGUGGCAACGCGUGUCUUUCUGCUCCUGACGAGACUUCUUCCACACUUUGCGACCAAGAUCAACCAGGAGGGUCCCCCCUUGAGAACUGUUCCAUGGUCUGUUGAGUGUCGUGAGAACUGUUCCAUGGUCUGUUGAGUGGCACCAGCACCAGUCAUGUACCAGGUGGUACCAGGGGGAGCGGGAGGCACCAUCACAGAUGUGAUCCCCAAGCAGAAGCACAGCAAGGACACCCGACCCAUAGUCGGCGCAGGAGUCCUGGGUCUGGUCCUGGUGAUCGCCGCGGUGGCGGCGUGGUCUUACUACAUCGCCUCGCUGCGGAAAGCCGAACUGCUGAAGACUCAGCUGCUGGACCUAAACAAAGAUGGCUACAUCAUCCGCAACCAGGGAGGGGCGAUUGUCUUCAGAAUGGACUUUAGAUCGGGGACUUUGGAUUUGGACUCUUGCACUAAAGAAGGGGAGCUCCUGAGCUGUGGACGGACCACUGACAGACGUCUCAACUUCUUCAUCGAGACGGUGCGGCCCAAGGACACGGUGCAGUGCUACCGUGUGCGUUGGGAGGAACUGGUCCCGGACAUUUCUGUCGAGCAUGCCAUGACGUACAAAUUUGCCCACUGGUAUGGCGGUGCGGUGUCAGCGAUCCAACACUGGCCCAUUUCCCUCUCUGGGCAACAGUCUCCAAAACCCUUCGUUACGAGUGACAUCUACACAAACCGCAAUGAGUUUGGAGGAAUCUUGGAGAGCUAUUGGCUUUCCUCCAAUGCCACGGCAAUUAAGAUUAAUAAUUCCGUGCCGUUCCAUCUGGGCUGGAAUGACACAGAGAAGACGAUGUACUUCCAAGCUCGCUACAAUGACAGUCCCUUCAAGCCAUACCCAGGGGAGGCUCCAUGCGCUGAACUUAGUUACCGAGUAUGCGUCGGCUCUGAUGUGACAUCCAUACACAAGUACAUGGUCCGUCGGUACUUCAACAAACCAAACAAAGUGCCUGCGAAAGCCAUGUUUCAGCAUCCUAUUUGGUCCACAUGGGCACUUCAUAGGACUGACAUUGAUCAGGACAAAUUUUUGAAGUACGCCGCCAACAUCCGCAAGUAUAAUUUUAACUGUAGCCACUUGGAACUAGAUGACCGUUACACGCCCCGCUAUGGAGAAUUUGAGUUUGACCCAAACAAGUUCCCCAAUGCCUCCUCCAUGUUUCAAAAGCUCAAAUCAGAUGGAUUUCUUGUGUCCCUCUGGAUCCACCCUUUUGUCAACUACGAUUCUGAGAACUUCCAUACUUGUGUGGAGAGGGGCCUGUUUGUCCGAGAGCCUACAGGCCGUCUGCCAGCUUUGGUACGUUGGAAGAACGGCAUCGGUGGGAUUGUGGAUUUCACAAACCCCGAAGCUCGAGAUUGGUUUGCCUCCCAGCUUCGGUCCUUCCGCUUCAGAUAUGGGGUAUCCUCAUUCAAAUUUGAUGCAGGUGAGACCAACUACUUACCGUGGAAGUUCAGUACCAGAACGCCCAUCCGGGAUCCAAGUUUUUUCACGAGACGCUACACAGAAAUGGCUAUUCCGUACAACGACAGAGCAGAGCUGCGUAGUGGCUACCAAUCGCAGAACAUAUCCUGCUUCUUCAGGCCUAUUGACAGGGACUCUGUGUGGGGCUAUGAGUUGGGGCUCAAAUCUCUUAUUCCCACAGUGCUCACCAUCAGCAUUCUGGGUUAUCAGUUUAUUCUACCAGACAUGAUCGGAGGGAACGCCUAUCUGAACCGCACAGAUGGAAAUAGGGCCUUACCUGACCGAGAACUCUACAUACGCUGGCUGGAGUUGUCCGCUUUCAUGCCCUCCAUGCAGUUUUCCAUCCCACCGUGGGCGUAUGACAACGAGGUGGUUGAAAUAGCUCGCAAAUACACCGAUCUGCAUCAGAGUAUUGUGGCGCCACGAGUUCUGGAGCUGGCCGGCGAGGUGCUGGACACCGGCGACCCCAUCAUACGACCUUUGUGGUGGAUUGCCACGGGUGACGAGACGGCCUAUAAAAUUGACUCCCAAUUCCUGAUUGGAGAUGACCUUAUGGUCGCGCCUGUUUUAGAACCGGGGAAGCAAGAGCGUGAUAUUUACCUCCCCGCUGGCCGCUGGAAGAGCUAUAAAGGGGAAAGGUUUGAUAUCAAAGAGCCACUGCACCUCACAGACUACCCCGUAGACCUGGAUGAAAUUGCUUACUUUGUUUGGGUCUAGAAGGAAAGGCUUGGUUUGUCACUUUGCAGGGUUUUAUUCAUUUUGGCAAAGGACGCCUUCGAGGCUCGUUGCAGUUCAGAUCUCACCUCAAGUGUUAAAUGGUUUUCGAAAAGAUCUCAAUCAUUAAUCCUGAAUUAACUCAUGCAUAUCUGGCACUAUGAGACGGCAAAGGUACUUUAACGUGUAAGUCUGAUUUUCAAAAGGGAACACGCUUACUGUGAAUCAAGUGCUGUGGAACCUCGAUUUACGGACUUAUCUUGAACAUGGUUCGCAAACUAAAAAGGUUGUAUAGUGAAGCAGAUUUCCCCGUUAGAAACAAUGUGAACAUGAAUCAUUGUUUCUAGCCUUGACAAAUGUCCCUAUUUUAUACAAAAUGCACACUUUGAAGACACUAUAAUGUGUGUAUUUACUCCAGAUGGUAUAUAUCAGGGGUCCCCAACCUUUUUUCCACCAGGGACCGGUUUAAUGUAUGCAUUAUUUUCACGGACCGGCUUUCCAUGUAUGGCAGAUAAAAACAGCAAAAAAAUGAGCAUGAAAAUUCAACUCAUUAUAACGCUAAAGUGAUGGCAUUUACUGUAUACCAGUGUUUCUUAACCAUAGGGCUGGGUCCUAGUGUUGGCCCCCUAGAAUGUAAUAUAUCUUUUUUUUUUCAGCUGUAAUCCGCAUAGGCCACAGCAGUACUUAGUUGCAAUACACUUUUCUACCACUUGUGGCAGUAAUGACAAUAUAAAACAAACAAAAGAAGUGUGGCGCUAAUGUCGUAGAUACAUUUCUUAAGCGCAAAAAUUAUGACUAAAGUGGUGAAGCUGUAUUUUCAUUUGCACUUUAAUUUUGUUGACAGUUUAGUUAAGAAACAUAUUUAUUAUUAAUUUAGUUUAUUUACCGGACUAUAAGCCACAGAUAUAUAGGUUGUGAAAUAAGUCAUUUACACAUAAAUAUUUUAUGUUUAUUUACAUACCUUAAAUGUAAACUUUUUAUUUUUAUUUUAUUUUUUUGUCCUGCCCAGCUUCUCAGUGGCCCUCUGUGAUGUGGCCCUCAAUGAAAACAAGUUUGACCCCCCUGCUUGAGGCAAUGCCAACAAAGUAAUUGAUUUAAGAAAAAAAAGCUUCAAUCUUAGUAAAGUGUGGCUCCACCUUUCCAAAAAAAUGUGCUAGCUUGAUGCUAAUAUACAUUGCUCUGCUACUGACAUGCUACCGAUUAGCAUUAGUGAUUUCAACACCUCCAACCGUGUUGAUGAAAACUACAACUAAGAUGCACGUUGCAAUCAAACAGCAAAACAUUUAUAGUAUCAACACUUUUAAGGGCGCAACAAACAACAAAAGACAGCCAGAGCAUCUCCUGUUUCAUUACAUAUUAUUAUAUUACAAGCAUGCAUCAUUUUCAUUCAUACAAAAGCGGCCCUCUGAAUUGAUUGAUUGAUUGAAACUGUUAUGAGUAGAUUGCACAGUACAGUACAUAUUCCGUACAAUUGACCACUAAAUGGUAACACCCCAAUAAGUUUUUCAACUUGUUUAAGUCGGGGUCCACGUAAAUCAAUGCAUGGUACAAAUAUAUACUAUCAUCAUAAUACAGUCAUCACACAAGUUAAUCAUCAGAGUAUAUGCAUUUAUUAUAAGGCAGUGUUGCGUCGGACCAGUUCUUCCUCCCAGGGAAUCUAAGUUACUGGUCAAUCCCAAGUUCUUUCGAUGACAUAUAUGCUGAGUAAUAAGGACCAUCAAGACAGAAUUGGAAUAUUUUCAAGUUUUACUAAAGCUUUAGGAGAUCAGUUUAACCAAUACAUUCAUAUCGGCUACUAUAGUUGAUCUGACAUUCAAACGGAAAAGCCAACUCCUUUGCACACAAAGAAAACCCCCAUUUUUUUUGUUUUUGUUUUUUGUUUUUGUCCUGCCCAGCUUCUCAGUGGCCCUCUGUGAUGUGGCCCUCAAUGAAAACAAGUUUGACACCCCUGAUCUAAAAGCUCUUAGACCGAAAAGGUGGCGAAUCGAGUCGCUGGUAAAUGGAGGUUCCACUGCACAACAUAAUGCUGCAACCGUGCAUUGAAGGAAGGUCAGAAAAGUAACAGUGAGACCUUAUUUUCUUAUCCAGAAUGACUACCACGUAUAUUUGCACAGUUCAAAGUAGUUAUGCAUCGGUCAUCAUUUUAAACUCUUCCUCAGGUAUCCUCUUUGUCCAGUUUGAAAUGACUACAACACAUUUUAAUAGCCUGUACUAUAUUUAUCUCAUAGUAACUUGCAUGUUUUUUCCAUUGUUUUAAUGUGAACUACAGUAUAAUGAUAAUAAUGCUGUGUUUGUGUGUGAAUCCUAUUUAUUGGUGUUUUUAUUAGGCUGAUAAAAAAACAUUUCUUCAGAUCAACAUAAGAAUAACUUGUUUGUUUUGGUGCUUUUAUUAACAGGAAUAUGCUGUGAUAUUAAUUGUUUGUAUUCUACGUUAUUCCUAAAGUGUGGCGUGUGUAAAAUGUACAUCCCGUCCUCUAUUGUAACUAUUUCAUGAACGUUAUGCAUAUUUAUUAUGAUGUCAAAGUGUUGUGAUUGUCAGUACGGAUCAGCCUACCUCCUACAUGGUGAUAUUUUACCCAUAUGGGAGUUUUUUUUGUGAGGGUGGACUUUGCCAUGUGGCUUACACAUUAACCUCCCAGAGUGUGCCUGUGACAUAGUUGCAUGCUAACAACACGGCCUAUAUAUAGUCCUUCUCACCCAGCAGCUAUUUCUGCCACACAUACACGCACACACACACACACACACACACACACACACACACACACACACACACACACACACUCUUGCCACAAUCUCAUCUUUCUUCCUGCUCCUCACCACGUGGGGGUUGGCCAACAAAAUGUCAUUUUUUUUUAAUGUGAUUAAAGAACAUGGCUUCUUAGAAAUGAGUUGACAUCAUUUAUUGUCUU